UGGGAAAGUGGAAAGUGAUUCUGUUUGGUUAUCCCGGCCUGAUUUAUUAAAUCUCUCUCUCUUUUCGUUCUCUCAACUUAGCGCCUCCCCAACAAAAACAUCUUUCUCAGGCUAGAAUCAAUGAAACCCAAACGCAUCUGAAGCACUAAGCCCAAGAGCUCUUUGAUCCUCUUUUGACAAUCUCACGUGCUCAUGCAUUCAAUCUUAGCACUCUCGGAUGUUUAAUGUUGGUGCUUCUGCUUCGCAAAUCGUUUUUGCAUCAGUCUCGCUUUUCUCUGUUUCUCUGCUGUGACUAGUCUCCAAUCGAGUCUCUUCUUCAGCUGUUGGUUUCUCGAUUCUCUCUCUCGCAAUUCACAACUCAACAAGACCAGUGUUUGAUCUUCUUUCCUCUUAGCUCACUCGAUUCUCUUUGAGUGAUCUACUUUUAGUUGUCCCCCUUUUCCAGUCCACCUUCAAACUAAUGAUUUGCUUUUAUUGUAUAUGAUGCCGGGUUUCUUUUGUUUUCCCCCACUCGCAUUAAAGUUAUUGCUGGGCUAAGUGUUGUUCUGUAAGAUAUUAUUUUAGAGGAUUGGUAGGCUUGGCUCCUAGCAUCAUCUUCAGAUUCUAAACAGUGAAAGCCUCUGUAAAAUUGGAAGUACCAAAACUCCUUUUUAUUUUUAAAACUUGAUGUCUCUUCGAAAGCCACCACUUCCUCGGAUCCUUCUUGACAAUGUCUCCUGCAUGGACAAUGUCUCCUGCAUGAGAAAUGCCCAACAAAUCUUGCGACAUGUAAAUGUAUCUGUUCAUGAUGGAGGGGCACUUGUUCUAAGCGGUAGCAAUGGCUCAGGCAAGACCACCUUCUUACGUAUGCUGGCUGGAUUCUCGAGGCCUUCUGCAGGUCAGAUCCUCUGGAACGGUUAUGAUGUGACAGAAUCUGGAGUUUUCCACCAAUAUAAGCUUCAACUUAAUUGGCUCUCUUUGAAAGAUGCCAUCAAAGAAAAGUUUACUGUCCUUGACAAUGUUCAGUGGUUUGAGAUUCUUGAAGGCAAGCAAGGGAAUUCUAUGCCUGCUAUUGAGUUGAUGGGGCUUGGAAGAUUGGCAAAAGAGAAGGCAAGAAUGCUGUCAAUGGGCCAACGAAAGAGGCUGCAACUUGCAAGACUGUUGGCCAUUGACCGACCAAUUUGGUUACUGGAUGAGCCUUGCGCAUUAGAUGAUGAAGGGGUAAAAUUGCUCGAAUAUAUUAUUGCAGAGCAUAGAAAGAAGGGAGGGAUUGUGUUUGUUGCAACGCAUUUGCCAAUUGAGAUUGCCAUGUAUUUGAGACUGCCUCCGAGGUUCCCUAGAAGGAUGACUUUGGUAGAUAUGCUUGAUCGAGCCGAUAUCUGUGAAAUUCCAUCACCGUAGGAUAGGCUAAUUAAGUUGUUCUGGUUCAACUAGUUGAGCUUGCAUUAGUUGUAACAGAAUCGUUUGCUGCCUAGAUGUGAAGCCAUAGGAAUGAAUAAAGGAUUAAUAAA